CCCUCUUUGGUUUGACACCUCUAGCAACAACAAAAACAAAGAGAUUGCGACGAACAAAAUGCUAAGGGCAAGCGGCAAAAAGGACAGGGACAUCUUUGACGAGGUUUGGCCCGAUAAGAGGAAGAUUGUGCUGAAGCUGUUGCGGCAGGACACGGUGUCGCAGCGCGAAUGGCAGGACCUCUUCUUUGGCGUGCACUUUGUGUGCCUGUGGGACGAGAAGGGGGCGGCCAAGAUAUACGACUGCCUGCAGCAGGACAUCGUCGAGUUUAUUGUGCACGCCCAGAGCCAGGUGCAGGCGCAGCGGGGCGAACAGGCCCUGCUGGCCACCUACAUUGUAGAGUGGCGCAAGUUCUUCACACAGUCCAACUAUCUGCCCCUGCCCUUCCGUCAGUUGGAACAGUCGCCGCAGGUGAAACCCGCCUCCAGCUCAUCCGCCUCGGGGGCCAGCACCGGUGCGUCCACCUCGAAUGCGGCCUCCUGCAGCAAUCAGGCGGCCACAAGAAGUUCCUCCGUGAAUCCGGCCGCACCCUCCUCUGCAGCAGGCACAUCGGGAGCCUCCACAUCAGCAGCUUCUGCCACAGCGUCCACCUCCGCAACCGCCUCGACAAGUGCCGCCGCCGCUGCGGCUGCGAGCAAUACGGCCAGCUCCAGCUCAAAGAAGAAUCCCACGGAGGACAGUCCCGUGCGCAAGCUGAUGCUCGACUCGUGGAACAAGCACAUCUUCCACGACAUCAAACACCGCCUGCAGGACUCGGCCAUGAAGAUUGUGCACGCCGAGCGAAAUGGUGACGCCUACGAUGCCCAACUGGUGGUAGGCGUGCGUGAAAGCUACGUGAAUCUCUCCUCCAACGCAGAGGACAAGCUGGAGAUCUACCGCGAGAACUUCGAGAUGGCCUAUCUGAAGGCCACCGCCGAAUUCUACCGCCUAAAAUCCACAGAACAACAGCAGCAAAACGGAGUGCUAGCCUACAUGAAGUACGCGGACGCCAAGCUGCGGGAGGAGGAGGUGCGGGCCAAGCGCUAUCUGGAGCCCAGCAGCUUCAGCAUACUCACCUACACCCUGGUCAAGGUGCUCAUUGUGGACCACCUCAAUUCGAUCAUUGCCGAGUGCCCGGCCCUCAUUAGGGACUACGAGACGGAGCGUCUCAAUCUGAUGUUCCGCCUGAUGGAUCGCGUGCUGCACGGCGUCGGUGUGGAGGCCAUGAUGGGGGACCUGCAGCGACACAUUAUGUCCGCGGGUCUGGCCGAUAUGCUCUCCGCCUCGGACAUCAUUACUCAGGACUCGGAGAAGUAUGUGGAGCGACUGUUGGAGCUCUUCAACAAGUUUAGCGAUCUGGUGCGCAAUGCCUUUAACGAUGACCCACGAUUUCUCACCGCCCGCGACAUUGCCUUCAAGACGGUGGUCAAUGACACCAGUGUGUUCAAAAUGGAGCUGCCCACGAGCAUUGCCAAUCGAGGUGUGAAAUUUACGGCACCCGAAAGCAAAUGCCCCGAGCUGCUGGCCAACUACUGCGACAUGCUGCUCCGUCGCACGCCAUUGAGCAAACGCCUGACCAGCGAACAGAUCGAUGCCCGCCUGCGCGAUGUCCUGCUCGUACUGAAGUAUGUCAAUAACAAAGAUGUGUUCAUGCGCUACCACAAGGUCCACUUGACGCGACGCCUGAUUCUGGGCACCAGUGCAGACAGCGAAAAGGAGGAAGACAUUGUCGAGUGGCUGAGAGAGGUGGGAAUGCCAGCGGACUAUGUGAAUCGUCUGGCGCGCAUGUUCCAGGACAUUAAGGUCAGCGAGGAUCUAAAUACUCAAUUUCGCACUUCGAUAAGUCGACAUGAUGCUAUCAAUAUCAAAAUACUCAAUGCUGGGGCCUGGGCCCGCUGCUCGGAGCGUGUGUCCGUGUCGCUGCCGAUCGAACUGGAGGACUACAUACCCGAUGUGGAGGAGUUUUACAAGAAGAAGCAUUCCGGCAGAAAGCUGCAGUGGUACCAUCACAUGAGCAACGGCACCAUCACCUUUGUGAAUAAUUUUGGACGCUACGAUCUGGAUGUGACCACCUUCCAGAUGGCCGUGCUGUUUGCCUGGAAUCAAAGACAGCACGACAAAAUCUCCUACGAGAAUCUCCGACUGGCCACCGAGCUGCCAGAUCCCGAGCUGAGGCGCACUCUGUGGUCCCUGGUUGCCUUCCCGAAGAUCAAAAAGCAAAUACUGCUGAUGGAGCCGGCGGUUAUUGGCUCGCCCAAGGACUUUACAGAGAACACCUUGUUCUAUAUCAAUCAGGAGUUUGCCAUUGUCAAGAAUGGCAAAUCGCAGCGACGUGGCAAGCUCAACCUGAUUGGGCGCUUACAGCUCAGCACUGAGCGCUCGCAGCAGGAGGAUAAUCAGUCCAUAGUGCAGCUGCGCAUCCUGCGCACCCAAGAGGCCAUCAUCAAGAUCAUGAAAGUGCGAAAAAGGAUGAACAAUGCAGCACUGCAGGGUGAACUCAUCGAUAUACUGAAGAAUAUGUUCCUGCCGUCCAAGAAGAUGAUCAAGGAGCAGCUGGAGUGGCUCAUCGAGCACAAGUACAUGCGCCGCGACGACGACGACAUCAAUAUGUUCAUCUAUGUGGCCUAACUCUAGUCUCAGUCGGCCCCCAUCCCUACCCUACCCUACCCAUCUCUGCAAUCAUUCCUCCCGUUUCCAUUUGCGUUUCCAUUCCUCAGCACUCAAGCUCCCCAGAGCGUCUUAAUCUCACGCCAAGUUUUUAAUCUCAAUUCUGUUGUGCUCUAAGCACGCUCUAAGGCCUCUCAGCAUCCCGACGUGAUCUGUUGGAUCACUUGGAUAAUUGUAUUAUAUGGAAAUGUGUGCGUCCUCACAGCAUUUAUACAAAUUGUAUUUAAAUUUAUGUCGCUUAUUGUAUCUCUGCAUGUAUCUGUUGUAUUCCUGUCUACGUAUUUUUAUAUUUCGGUUCCAAUUGAGGCUGCCCGGCAGCAUAGAUCUAGGUAUUAUGUCCAACCUAUCCCUCCCACUCCCACACACACACACACUCACACACAAUAAACCGAUAAUAUCAAUCGGUGUAGCGCUAAUCUAAUCAUCUCGCUGUAUUCUAUGUGUUCAGUUCUUUUUGUUGUUGAUUUUUGUCUGCUCUUCUGUUGGAUUCGUAGAUAUUUUUUAAUGUUCCAAGUGAGAGAGAUACACUCACACUCGCAGGGAUUGAAGAAGCUGCUAUCCUCUUCAAUCAGUCCAGCAUGAAUGCCUAAUCACACACACACACAUGCCACACACACACA